AGAAAAUAGUAAAAACGACAUUAUUAUAUGUUUUAGUAUAAGAUAUAGCUAUAUAAUAUAUAAAUGGUAGCUAUAUCCCAAAUGUGUUUGUUUUAUUUCAGGCAAUGUAAAAGCGGUCUCUAAUUAUCCUUGGCGAGCAAAGGCGAUUACUGUAAAGGAUGCAAAGUAAUUUACUAACAAAGGUCGCUAAAGAGCUGCCACUCAAGAAGUUAACUCACUGUCUAACGUUACGACACGCCACACUCCGUCGACAGCGGUCUUGUGAAGCUGCUCGGAGACGUUUCUGCUUCAGUGAUGUCUCGACGCGAUAAGAAAUCUCCGUCGGUCUGUACGGACUUGCCGCUGGACAACGCCGACAUUUGUAACAAGCUCCACCUGCUGAGGCAGCUUCUGAAAUCGUGUUUUGGCCCAACAGGUAGACUCAAACAAGUCCACAACAACAUCGGAGGACACGUCGUCACCACCUCCACCUCAUCCGUUCUCCUCCCAGCCAUUACCUCCUCGCAGCCUUUUAUCAAUCUGAUCAAAACCUCCAUCCUCAACCAUGUCUCUCGCUUUAGUGACUGCGGUUUGUUUGCCGCCGUUCUUUGUUUAUCCCUUAUCGAGCACGCGACACGGUCCGGUCUCCGUGGAGGCGCUGCUAUCAGAGUGAACAAGCACCUGCUGGGGCUGUGCACCAGUUACCUCCAACGGGAGGACUGCGGUUGUAAAAUUAAGCUCGACUUCUGCAGCACUCACAGCGCGGUCGCGUUGGCGCGCAGCGUUAUCUCCAGCAAACCAGCGUGCGCGCUCACGGAGCCGGAGGCACUUCACGUCAGCACAUUGACUGUACGGGCUUUUUUGCUGACCGUGCCCUGUCAGAGCCCAGGGGAUGUCACUCUCGGCAAAACAGUGACCGUCUGCGUUGAAGGCCACCCUGUGCUAAACUCUGCAGUGUUUCCAGGUUUGCUGGUGGACGCGCCCGACGUCUUACUUGUCGGGCUCUCCGAUCCACUGCGUGUGGUGUUGUUCAGUGCGUCUCUGGCCGGAGACCUUGCUGAACUGGGAGAUGGGACGAUUGACGUGCACCCGGGUGCAGACACGGACUUGCAGAUACUGGAUCAGCUUCUAGAGCUCGGCAAGCGGGUGGUCCGGGAUGAGGUGAAGCUCUGCGUGUGCCAGAAGGUCGUGCACCCAGUCCUGCAGCACUACCUGAAAGGUCAUGGCGUCGUCGUGAUGGAAAGACUUGGACUCGCUCUCAUGGAGCCACUCGCUCAGCUGACGGGUGCUCAACCUGUGGCCACAUUGCACACCACCAUCCCAGCCACAGCCUACGGGAAGGUGAGGGAUCUCAGUGUCAAGCAGUUUGGAUCCAAGACGAUGCUGCAUUUACACCCUACUGGGGAGUCGUCCAUCUGCACGAUGAUCCUCUGCCACAGGAACGAGACUAUGUUGAGUGAGCUGAAGGUGGCGUGCCAGAAGGCUGAACAUGUGUUGAGGCUCACCUUGAGAGAACCAUCUGCCUUACUUGGAGGUGGGUGCACAGAGACCCACCUGGCUGCUUACGUCAGACACGAGAGCAUGAAAGAAGUCCUGGAGACCGUAUCGGCCCUCGGGUGCUCAAAGACGGAGCAUCUUCGUGGCGUGGACGCUUUCUGCCACUCUCUGGAGUCUGUGGCCGCCGCGCUGCAGCAUGACGGCGGGGACUCUUUCAUGGAUCUGACUCACGCUCACCACUGGACUCACCCGGCAGAUCACAUGAAAGGACACGUGGUGGAGGAGAGCUCGGGCGUCUGUGGCUGUGGCCUGAUGGAAAGUAGCCCAAAUCAGAAGUGGACUUACCUCAACACUAAUUACCCACCGUUCUCACCUGCACCUCUGUCUCGAGAGGCAGCUGUUCGGCCACGCGUGCUCGACUCCUUCACGGCGAAACUCAAUGCCUUGCAAGUUGCCGUGGAAACUGCUAAUCUUGCACUGGAUGUGCGAUAUUUAAUUCAAGAUAUAAACUAGCAGAAUAGGCCUUUUCUCCAAAGUGGAACUUUAUAGUUUGUGAUGGUAAUGGUAAUAAAUGGUGUUUCUUUUUUCUUUUUUUUAAGUAAUAUUACAUUACGACACAUAGUGUUGCCAUUGCCUUGUGUAAAGAUCUGAAUGUUGUCUUUAAGGAUGUUAUCUUGCAUCCCCACAAAGGGUUUAACUACUACGAGGAGGUGAGGCUUCCCGAAAAAGAUCGAUAGCUUUCCAACUUCUGUUUUUUCAAAAUAUGAUGGUUUCAAAAUAAAAGUUUCUUCUGGCUGGAAACGGCACUUUU